AUGGCCAGGCAUCAUAUUCGUCUCUUUCCUGCUGACCAUAAAAGUCGCAGUACUACGGACAAGAGUGGUAACAUUUUGCCAGGUACUGUGGUUGAUACCAAGAUUUGCCACCCCAAUGAAUUCGAUUUCUAUCUUUGCAGCCAUGCUGGGAUCCAGGGAACUAGUCGUCCAGCACAUUACCAUGUGUUGUACGAUGAAAAUCGGUUGAGUGCAGAUGCACUGCAAAUUCUUACCAACAACUUGUGUUACACAUAUGCAAGGUGCACUCGCUCAGUUUCCAUAGUCCCACCAGCUUACUACGCACAUCUUGCUGCAUUCCGAGCCCGUUACUACAUUGAAGCGGGAGAAUUCUCCGACAGUGGAUCUGCUGCAGCGGGCCCUGGUGGAGCUAUGAGGGAGAGGGUUGGAGAGGUUCGGGCUCUGCCUGCAAUUAUGGAUAAUGUUAAGGAUGUCAUGUUCUACUGCUGAUUUUGGUUGACUUAAAAAACUUAACUACAGGACUACAUCUUUUUGUCUAGAUUCACAUGUUUUGCUGAUU